AUUUUACAGUUGCACAACACUACAGGACCAACACACUGCAGAUCUCCUUGUUUGGAUGUGAAGAGUUAAUGUUGCCAUGGGCAGAUUGAGAAAGAAACACAACUGGAAAGGCAGACAGCAGAGCACAUCUGUGCAGACAGCGGCUGCAGACAGACAGAGCAAUGUGCAGGUGGAGAUACAAGAUGGAGCCGUGCUUAAAGGAGUGGAUGACUGUAAUGCUCUGGUUCUGCCCGCUACCAAAACCAAGAAACAGAAAGUAGAACGGCCCGUAACCAAGAAAAAAGCCCUGACAAAGAAACAGAGGAAGAACCUGGAGAAAGUUCUAGAGCAGAAAGACAAGAAAGCACAUAGAGCAGAAGUAUUAACUAAACUCGCUGAGGUUCAGCUGCCCGAGGCGGAGCUCAAACUGCUGUACACCACCUCGAAACUGGGCACUGGAGGAAAACUCUACCACAUCAAAGAAUCUGUGAAUGAAGGUCAGGAUGGAGGUUCAUCUAUGGUCAAGAUCAGCAGUUUGAGCGGUGCAAACAGAAAGAGAAGAAGAGCAGCAGAUGAUGAGGAGGAGGAGGAUAAUGAAUCUGAGAAGUCUGAUUCCUCUGAGGAUGAUGAUAGUGAGGAGUCGGACUCCUCUGAGGAAGAGGAGGAGAAAAUCUCUGAGGAAAAACACACAGAAGAGCAACAGCAGGUGCUGAAAGAGGAGACUAAACUGAAAGAGGAGACUAAACUGAAAGAGGAAGACAUGAAGGUAGAGAAGAAAGAAGAAACACAUAAUAAGGAAGACUGUAAACCUGCAGUUUUCAUUCCAGUGGAACGACUGCCAGAGAUUCAGGAGGCUCGUCUGCGGCUGCCGGUUCUGGCCGAGGAGCAGAUCAUCAUGGAAGCGGUGAAGGAUCACGAGUGUGUGGUGUUGUGUGGAGAAACAGGCAGUGGUAAAACCACACAGGUGCCUCAGUUUCUGUAUGAGGCCGGAUUCGCCAGCUCUGGUGGGAUUAUUGGUGUGACGGAGCCCAGGAGAGUAGCGGCCAUCAGCAUGUCUCAUCGUGUGGCCACUGAAAUGAACUUGUCCAGCGGGGUGGUGUCUUAUCAGAUCAGGUACGAGGGGAAUGUGACAGAAAACACAAAGAUCAAGUUCAUGACGGACGGUGUUCUGCUGAAAGAAAUUCAGAGGGAUUUCCUGCUGCAGAAGUACAGUGUGAUCAUCAUAGACGAGGCUCACGAGCGCAGCGUUUACACCGAUAUUCUCAUCGGCCUGCUGUCUCGCAUCGUCCCGCUCCGCAACAAGAAAGGUUUACCCAUGAAGCUGAUCAUCAUGUCUGCAACGCUGCGUGUGGAGGAUUUCACUGAGAACAAGAGACUCUUCAGCUCUCCUCCACCCGUCAUCAAGGUGGAGGCCCGUCAGUUUGCGGUCACUGUUCAUUUUAAUAAGCGCACACCGAUGGACGACUACACUGGAGAAACUUUCCGGAAGAUCUGUAAGAUUCACCGCAUGCUGCCGCCAGGUGGGAUUCUCGUGUUUCUGACGGGUCAAGCUGAGGUUCAUUCUGUGUGUCGCAGGCUGAGAAAAGCUUUCCCUUAUAAACCAAAUCGAGAACACACAGAUAUGAUGGAAACGGAAGAAGAUCUGAAGAAGUCAAAAAAAGCAAAGAAGAAGAAUGUGUCUUUACCGAGGAUCAAUCUGGAUAAUUACUCUGCUCUGCCUGUGGACGAGGGUGAUGAAGACCGUCAGGCAGGCAUUGAUGAAGAUGAUGGCGAGGGUUCAGACCUGGAGCUGGAGUUGGGGGAUCAUCCAGACACUGAUCACGAGGAGAAGGCCGAUCCGUCCAUCCCGCUGUAUGUGCUUCCUCUUUACUCUCUGCUGGCACCUGAGCAGCAGGCCAAGGUUUUCCAUCCUCCUCCUGCUGGAUCUCGUCUGUGUGUCGUUGCGACUAACGUUGCAGAAACGUCUCUGACGAUCCCCGGCAUCAAGUAUGUUGUAGACUGCGGGCGAGUGAAGAAGAGGUUUUACGACAGAGUGACCGGCGUCUCCUCCUUUAAGGUCACGUGGAUCUCACAGGCUUCAGCCAAUCAGAGGGCAGGAAGAGCGGGACGAACCGAGCCGGGCCACUGCUAUAGGCUUUACUCGUCUGCUGUGUUCGGAGAUUUCAGUUUGUUUUCGGAGGCUGAAAUCACACGGCGUCCCGUCGAAGACCUCGUUCUUCAGAUGAAAGAUCUCAACAUUGAGAAGGUUGUGAAUUUCCCGUUUCCUACUCCUCCAUCUUCUGAGGCUCUGAUUGCUGCUGAAGAGCUUCUGAUCUCGCUAGGAGCGCUGGAGAAACCGGCUCGACAUGGACGUCUGAGUGAGAUGGAGAAGGCACGUCUGUCGUGUCCCAUCAGUCCUCUGGGUCGAGCGAUGGCUGCAUUCCCUGUAGCGCCGCGUUAUGCUAAAAUGCUAGCGCUGGGCCGCCAGCAGGGCUGUAUGCAGUAUAUCAUCACCAUCGUAUCUGCCAUGACUGUCAGAGAGAUCUUCGAGGAUUAUGACAGGCCUGCAGGCAGUGAGGAGGAGAACGCGAAGAUGAGCGGGAAAAAGGCCAGAUCAGUUCAGAUGAGGAGGUUAUGGGCAGGACAAGGAGCGUCUCUUCUGCUCGGAGAUCUGAUGGUUCUGCUUGGAGCUGUUGGCGCUUGUGAAUUUGCGGGUCUCACUCCUCAGUUUUGUGAGGUUAAUGGUCUUCGGUUCAAAGCAAUGCUGGAAAUCCGAAGAUUACGAGGACAGCUGACUAAUGCAGUGAAUGCUGUGUGUGCUGACGCUGAUGUUUACAUGGAUAAUAAGAUGGCUCCUCCGACAGAGGCUCAGGUGUUGUGUUUGCGUCAGAUCGUGUUGGCCGGUUUAGGAGAUCACAUCGCCAGACGAGUGCAGGCCGAGGAGUUGCUCGACCCCAAGUGGAGAAACGCAUACAAGACUCCUCUGCUGGAUGAUCCAGUGUUCCUUCAUCCGUCAUCUGCUCUUCACAAAACACUUCCCGAGUUUGUGGUUUAUCAGGAGAUCAUGGAGACCACCAAGAUGUACAUGAGAGGUGUUUGUGCUGUUCAAGAUGAAUGGAUUCCCAAACUCCUCCCACAAUACUGUCACUUCAGUGCUCCGGAGGAAAGCCCCGCCCCCCGGUUCUGUCCUCUGAUUGGCCGAGUGAAGUGUCAUCAGCAGAGCACCUUCUUCAGAGUCAGUUGGAAACUUCCUGCCAUUGAGAUGGAUUACCCAGAGGGCCUUGAGCGUUACAAACUGUUCGCAAAGUUUUUCCUGGAGGGCCAGGUUUGUCCAAAGAUUCAGAAGUUCAGCUCUUGUUUACUGUCGUCCCCCUCAACUAUGCUGAAGACGUGGGCCAAGCUGCAGCCACGGACUGAAGUUCUUCUGACUGCACUGGUUUCAGAGAAAGCAGACAACAGAACGUCUUUAGAAGCUGCGUGGAGGAAAAACGAAAAAUAUCUACUGUCAGCGUAUUGUCAGUGGAUCCCAGAGUCUCUUCAUGAAGAAGUCAGUAAAAUCUGGCCGCCGAUCGAACAAGCAGACCCUCGGUGACCUUUGACCUUCUGAAUCCUGGACUUGUAUUCAUAAACGCGAGCAGUAAGACCUUGUUGAUACACAGGAUCAUUCUCUGGCCAACUUCCAGCAUAAAACCAUGUUGCCUAAAAACCUGGACUUUUGUAAACACAUCUUCACACACCCUGACACCAAAACAAAUAAAUUCAUCAUCUUUUUUUAACGA